AUGAGAUCACCCAACAUCCAGAUCACCCAACACCCAGAUCACCCAACACCCAGAUCACCCAACACCCAGAUCACCCAACACCCAGAUCACCCAACACCCAGAUCACCCAACACCCAGAUCACCCAACACCCAGAUCACCCAACACCCAGACUAUCCAACACCAGGACGUCCAACACCCAGAUCAUCCAACAUCGAGAUCACCCAACACCCAGAUCAUCCAACACCCAGAUCAUCCAACACCCAGAUCAUCCAACACCCAGAUCAUCCAACACCAAGAUCAUCCAACACCCAGACAUCCAACAUCGAGAUCACCUACCCAGAUCAUCCAACACCCAGAUCAUCCAACACCCAGAUCAUCCAACACCAGAUCAUCCAACACCCAGAUCAUCCAACACCCAGAUCAUCCAACAUCGAGAUCACCCAACACCCAGAUCAUCCAACACCCAGACUAACCAACACCCAGAUCAUCCAACACCCAGAUCAUCUAACACCAGAUUACCUUAA